AUGGCUCAAAUAUGGGACACAGCUGGUCAAGAGCGAUUCAAAACUGUCACCACAGCUUACUACAGGGGAGCGCAUGGAGCUCUUGUCGUUUAUGAUAUCACGAAAUCGAGUACAUUCGAUUCAUGUCAACGGUGGCUCAGCGAUCUACGAGAGCAGUCAGAACGAGUGUCGGUGGUACUGGUCGGGAACAAGACGGAUUUGAGAGAUGCGCGAAAAGUCCCUCAGGAAGUGGCUAGAACGUUCGCUGAACAGAAUGGACUUUCUUUCAUCGAAACAUCAGCACUGGACAGUACGAAUGUUGAAAAAGCCUUCACGGAGGUGCUCACAAGAAUCUACCGAGCAGGAACAUCCCAAAUGCGUAAUGGGGACGGAGGAGGAGGUGUUGUCCUUUCCGCGGUGCCCAUCACCAUCACCGAACAACCGACGCCGAAGAAGGGAUGCUGUCGAUCGGGCUGA